AUUAAUUUAAUGCGUAUAGGUUCAUCUGCGAUUCCAAUGAACCACGAUGGACAUGUUAUUAAACCUGUCAGUGGCAUGGACCCCUCAUCAUUUACAGAAUGGCAUUCUCCAUUGUUGUCUGGAUAUAUCAGUUCACCUUCACCCACAAUGGCGGCAGGUUCACGAAGUUCGAUGAGUGGCUGUGGCGGUGGUGAAGACGAGUCGACCAGAAAGCGACAAGUGCGAUUACUGAAGAAUCGCGAAGCCGCUAAAGAGUGUCGUCGCAAGAAAAAGGAAUAUGUGAAAUGUCUAGAGAGCAGGGUUGCCGUGUUAGAGAAUCAGAACAAGGCCUUGAUUGAGGAGUUGAAAACUCUGAAGGAACUCUAUUGUCGAAAAGAGAAGACCGAUACGUAA